UCGUUUUCACUGUGAAAGUGAGUCUUUCAAAAUGGACCUGAUCCUGGACGUGAACAUCCAGAUUUAUCCGGUUGAUCUCGGUGACAAGUUCAGACUGGUGAUCGCCAGCACGCUGUUUGAGGACGGGACGCCGGAUGACGGGGAAUACAACCCUCAGGACGACAGACCGUCCAGGGCUGAUCAGUUUGAUUAUGUCAUGUAUGGAAAGGUUUAUAGGAUUGAAGGAGAUGAAACCUCAACAGAAGCGGCCACACGACUAUCUGCGUAUGUGUCGUAUGGAGGUCUGCUAAUGCGACUUCAGGGAGAUGCUAAUAAUCUGCAUGGAUUUGAAGUGGACUCCAGGGUCUAUCUCCUGAUGAAGAAACUGGCUUUCUGAUCGUGUCUCCUGUCCUGAAGGACACUCGCUUCUGAGGACUGAAAAAACAUAUGCAUUCUUAUCAUCAUCAUCACUUUUUUCUUCUUUUUUACCUUUGAGGCUUUCCCGUUGAUGAGAAACUGGUAUUGCUAAUAAUAUCUGGAAACUAUGGCCCAUGGUACAUUACAUAAAAAAAACAUAUGGUUACACAUAUAUAUUCAAACCAUACGACUGCUCAGUUGAUGAACUGUUUUCUCAUUGCAUCUAGUGCACUAUAUCGGCCAAACAAAGCCCUGGUGAAUCACAUUGUUGUUUUUUGCAUGUUUAUUUCCUUUUAAAGCAUUUAGUAAAUGAGAAACUGUUUAGUAGUAACAAGCUUUUGGAGGCAUACAGUAUCUUAAAGGAACACUCCACUAUUUUUGAAAAUAGGCUUAUUUUCCAACUCCCCUAGAGUUAAA